AUGGCCUUCCUGGUGGAAUCCUGGUUAUUUGUUAGGAUGUUAGCCUGCCGGAGGAUUGAAAUCUGCUUGAGGCGGAGAAUUUAUGAUAUGGACAAUGGGCGUACUUGGGAAUUCACGAGCAUUGAUAAAUAUGUGGUUGCAGUAGUAGUGUGUCUCUUUUCUGCUGUGGGCAGUGAAUUCUUGCAGAGCUUCUUGUCUCAUGGAAGGCGGACUUUUGAUCUUAUGGAUAUGGCGUACAACGUUGUGGGUAGCAUUGUUGGGAUUUUGAUUGCGUUUUGGCAGGAGCGGUAA